UAGACACAGGAAGUAAAUUGAUCGUGGAGGAAUUCACUCCGCAAACUUAACAGCUGACUCGGUGUUGUUAGUUUUUAUGUUGGGCUUUACAUUUUUAGCCUACAUGCUGAACUCUGGGGUGCAGAAAGUAUUUUUAUAGUGAAGUGGCGACGUGCUCUUUGAGGACUGAGUGCAACUCCAGCUCAUUGCGUCCCAGGUUUAUGGAGUUUGGUGAUGGGUUUCUGGCAGCCGGUGAAUAACCUUAGAGACUAUGUAUCCCAGAAUCCUCCGGGGGUCACCUUUUUCCUAUGUCUGCUGACUUUGGCUCUGUCCUUCAUCUGCCUCAGCUCUUACAUCCACACUCACACCCUGCCCAACCCGGACACGGCUAAGGACUGGAACCACCUCCUGUCAGCCUUAUCACAGUUCCAGCUGUGUGUGAAAGCCAACGUCAGCUCCGUCGAGCUGCUCUCUCCAGCCUCUCCCCCUCUGGAGCACGAAGCGAGUGGAAAACCCUCAGUCAGCCCUGGAAAUACCCAGGCUCCGGUCACCCAGUUGCAUCUUAAGGUGCCGCUGGUUGUGUCACCCAGCUCAGCCAGUCAGUCUCCAACAGGCCUGCGUCUCCACAGCAACAUGAUGGCAAGUCAGCUAGGUCUUGCAGGCAAUGAGACUGUAAAUGUGACUCUACAUUUCGAGUCUGGGAAUGACACCCACACCUGCCUCACCAUAAGUGCCCCAACACACCUCCUACCCCGCAGUGUACUUCCUCCAUAUUGUCCAGAAAGUGAGAAAGUCAUCUCACCUCUCAGUGUGGUUUCUCUGGAGACAAGCAGCCAGUCACCGACAGCAUCACACCUCUGCUACAGUCUGCAGUCCAGACAUGACCCCACACUCAUGAUCAUGUUAACGCAGGAGCAACAGGGUGUGGCAGGGCGACACCUGUUGGAAGUCAGUGUGUUUCUGCUCGCCAUUUGUUUGAUGCUCGCUUUAUCUGCUAGUCUGACACACUCACUGGCACGCCGCUACCAUGGGAACGGACUUGAUCUGCACAGUGAACCUUUAAUGGACUCCUGAGCAUUUUUCACGCCCUACAUCCUGAAGAAGUCAACUGGUUGACAGAAGAGAGGAAUAAUUUAUUUGUUGAAUAAUAGACACAAGUAACAUGAGAAGAGGAACAAGCCAGACAUGAAACAUGGCUGUAAGGAAAAGAAAGCUGUAAUUAUAAUGACUUUUCAAUUGGUAAUACCCACAUUUUUGACUAGUCAUACAGUAUGCAUUGUUACACACUGAUAUACUUUGGUUUGAAUAACCCCACCGUGAAUACUUAGAACAGUAUAUAUCAUCACUCUCAUGUUCAGUGAAUCCAGGGAAUGAUUUUCACUACUGGGCGCCACUUUACCUCAGCCUGCAACAUCUGUCCUAUGUCAGUUAAUGAUUUCCUGCUUUUGCCAGACUGACUUUUGACAUCCCACAGAGUGUCAGUGUGUCAUUCAGCUGUGGGUUGUGCAUAUUAAUGGAGUAUUAAUGAUGAUGUAGUAAGAAACAGAGUUUUGAAAGUCAAGAGGCAAAUUGCACUUGUCUUGUUUUUACUAAAUGUAACAUGACGUGAGUCUAGAGGCCCUUUCUGUUAGAUGCUGAGGAGCUGACCCCCCCAAACCAGGUGCUCACCACUGAUAUUUUAGAUCGAUGAAGAAUUAUCUCAAUCCAUUGUAGCUGCGCUGGAAAUAUCUUGAUGUGACACCAUGUUUUGUCAAGUCAUCUGCUGAAGUAAGAAAAAAUACUUCUCCAAACAGUGAAACUGACCGACAAAUGUUAGGUGUGUUGCUAAUAGCUGUUUUUGCUUUCUGUAGUAACACCUGGAUCAGGUUGGCCUUUUAAUAUGGCUUUAAUGACUUACUGACUUUUCUACUCUGAGAGUAGUAGUAUAAUGAUAUAAUCGUGUUAACAGAACGGUUCCUGUUUCUCAAAAUGUCAGUGCACUCAGGGUCUUUGAAUGUACCAGGUUAGUGUUUCCGUGUCUUAUCCCUGUUUAAUUUCCAUCCUUAAGAGCAGCAUUUUCCAGGUGCAGUAUGUUUUAUAAUUCAUGUGGCUGUGUUAAUCCCGGUCAAUGGCAGAGUGGCAUACUUACCUUCCACCACCAGAUGCAGAACUAUCUUGUAACUGGUUAUUUUUCUCAGAGUGCUGUUUUAUUACCAUUUUCAAACAAACUGCCAGUGUGAGAAAUGGCUCCCAUUUGAAAUAAUUCUACACUUCCACUACCAGCUCAAAAAUGGAUGGCUGUAGUGAACAAGAUGCCCUCCCUUCAAAGACCACAGCAGAGGGAAGCAUUAAUGGUAAUAACCCGGUUGUAGAAAUAAAUUGGUCAUCAGUCAGGUUUGGUUGUGGAUGUUAAGGUAAUUUAUUUUUACCUGCCAGUCACUGCCUAUUUCACAAGUAGACCGAAUCAGUCCAUGCACACCUUGUGUCAAGAGCUAUGCCAUUUUAAUAAGGAACUUUCUUGCCCAGUUGCUAGUACCAUGAAUGAUGUCAAUGGGCUGCUCAGCAACCUGGAGUAAAUUAACUAACAUAAGAAAUUCUGUUUAAGUGAAACUUGAGGACCAGUUAUGGUAAGAGGGAUCAGAGCUCUUACAACUUUUCCAAAAAAAAAAAAAAAAA